AUGGAAAGAAAACGAAAGCUCCCUGCGAGGGCCGCCGCCCGAGGGGAACAUGUAUCUAAGAAACGCAAUUCCACGCCUCCUGAUGCGUCAACAACAUCUACGCCGUCGUCUACCAUGACGUCCCCUCAGCCUCCCGAAGUUGUCUCCCAAGAGCCCCCACCGCCGACAGCCACGACAACGACGGUGACUUCUUCUCAAUUGCCCAAAUCGCUUCAACCCGGCCAUCCAUUGCCGACGGUCGAGAAACCGCAACCUGAUGAUCUCUCUAACAAGGAGUUUCAAUCUAUACAAGAGAGUGGUGUAAUGGCCGAGUCACUUUCGAGGUCGCGCCAGAAGUGGAUAAAUGACGGCGUAUUCGAGAAGUACUGGACGAAACCUACCAAGAGAAAAGGCGUUGUGAAGGAGGAUGCCAACAACCCGGCGAAGGAUACUAUGACCAAAAUCGGCCAGGUCACCAUCACCGUUGAGCCUCAUGUGUUAGAGGCCACCAUGUAUGCCGUAAAGGAUCCGAAAUCCGCGCCAACGAGCAAUCCAUCCUUCCGCCCCAUUAUACAGUAUGGGCCAUCUAACGGCUCUAUGCCUCCUCCCCCGAAACCAGACGCAGUCCCCGCUACCGCAGCUUCAUCCUCGUCUGCCACCUCUAAAGCCCAGGCCCCUAUGCAAAAUACACAGCCGGCCCAGUCAGCACGAUCAUCGCUGCAACCCGUUCCACUACUGAAAGAAGACAAGAAGCCAGCCCCACAGCAACAUCCACGUGUCUCGGCCAUCCCGUCCUCGUCAACGCCCCCCUCUCAGCAACCUGAUCUCCAACGACCCCAGCUGCCAACUCACAUCGAGAGCUCUAACCCCGUUGCAUCUCCUCGCGGCCUCGAAUCUGUAUUAGCAGCACCUCAGUCCGCACAUACUCCUCUCCCGGGGCCUGCACAUUCUCGACCGCCCCAGUCUUCUCUUUCGCAGCCUACCGCGCCCUCAAAUCAUCCGCUCCAUGCUCCAUCUGCAUCGCCUACCCCCCUUAGUACGGGCGCAACUCUACCAGCCGGGUCUGCGGGUAACACCAAGACUGCUGCCCCAGCCGUGUCCAAACCCGCUCAGCCUCCUGCAUCAGGUGCAGAUCCCAUUAUAGUCACACUGGCAGAGAGAGCCUCUGAGGACCCGCACCUACGAGAUCUCAUGAAGCGAGUGGCCGUGGGUGAAGCAGCUGCCCACGAAUUAGCUCAUUUUCAAAGAAUCAUCGACCAGAUCACUGCAGACUACAAGAGGAAAGGCAGCUUAAGCGGGCCAGAUCCCGAAAAGCUCUUCGUUGAUGGUAGAACUGUCAAGUAUUUUGCAGACGAAGUCAGAGCCAUUGUGGAUAUUAUCCUGGCAUCCAACCCGGCCCAGCGAUCUAAAGACCUGCGCCCACCUCCUGGAAUUGAUCCUUUGAUCCUACUUUUAGUCAGAGAAACACUCGACAAGUCGCACAUUAGGGAGGCUGUUCAACGUAUUACAGAUGGAAAGCAGAGAUAUACAGAUCCUGUCGAAUUGAAGGCAACCCUAGACGGGCUACAUUCGAUAGUCAAGCAAGACCUUAAAUGCCAUGAGACAGCGGCUGCAACUGACUCACAGUCCGUAUCUCAGAGUACUCCCGCCCAAUUAAAGGGGGAAGAUGCAGCAAAAAAAACGCCUACCUCCACCCCAACCCCAACUCCUACCCAGCCCCAGGGCACCCAGAAUUCUCAACAAGCAUUACGGUCUAAAGGUCCACCACCAUCCACAAAGCCCGACAUUUCUGCUGUUGUCCUUGAGUUUGCGGGUGGUACAGGAGACAGAUAUCUUUUCCCCAAAUACAGUAUCCUCGAGUUUUCUCCUGACUGUACUCAAGUGGUCACCUCCUUCCUAAUUGUCCGCCGGGGUAGCAAAUUAGAGUAUGGCGGAGAUCGAGAAUUAGAUUAUUAUCAACCUAUUACCCUCCGAAUCCAUUCCCACUCUCCCAAAGUUCUGGAGCACCUAGCCCGGGUGGUAGCACCGCAAGAGGAGGUGCAGCGGUAUAUGGACGACGUUAUGGAGAACAUGACUCGAGCUGAAUAUGUUCUGCUCGCUAUGCGCCUCCCUCGGGCAGAAAGGGAAGACCCGAUAGAUGAACGUUCAGACACCCCUAAAGGCUCUGAAACUUCUCAGCCAUCACAACUGCCAAAUGUAUUGUGGGAUCACAGGUCGACUCCUGUCAAGCCUGGCUCCAUAAAACCAACCUCGGCAAAAUCCGCUGGCGAGGACGAACAGUACCAGAAUUUUAUUGCAACGGUCAGUUAA